AUGAACAGUACACCUCUCCUCAGCGAGCUGCACAAUAUGAGGCAUCAUUUAAGUCCAUUGCAAAAACAGUGGUUUCUCAGCACAGGAGACCAAGCUGCUAAGGGAAAUUAUGGGCUUUUGGAUCAAAUCCAGGCUCUCCGUUGGAUAAGCGAGAAUAUUGGCUAUUUUGGCGGUGAUUCCAAUCGCAUCACUGUUUUUGGAUCAGGAAUUGGUGCCUCUUGUGUGAGCCUUCUGACCCUGUCCCAUCAUUCUGAAGGACUGUUUCAUCGUGCCAUAAUCCAGAGUGGCUCAGCAUUGUCUAGCUGGGCUGUCAACUACCAGCCGGUUAAGUACACAAGGCUGCUGGCAGAGAAAGUGGGCUGUAAUGUGCUGGACACACUAGACAUGGUAGACUGCCUGAGAAAGAAGAGUGCUCGUGAGCUGGUGGAACAAGACAUCCAGCCAGCGAGAUACCACGUAGCCUUUGGCCCAGUCAUUGACGGCGAUGUCAUUCCCGACGACCCUGAGAUCCUGAUGGAGCAGGGUGAGUUCCUCAACUAUGACAUCAUGCUGGGUGUCAACCAGGGUGAGGGGCUGCGCUUUGUGGAGAACGUUGUGGACUCUGAAGAUGGCGUCUCGGGCAAUGAUUUCGACUUCUCGGUCUCUGACUUUGUGGACAGUCUUUAUGGUUACCCAGAGGGAAAGGAUACACUACGAGAAACCAUUAAGUUCAUGUACACAGACUGGGCAGAUAGAGACAACCCUGAGACACGCCGUAAGACUCUGGUGGCGCUUUUUACUGAUCAUCAGUGGGUGGAGCCCUCAGUGGUGACGGCAGAUCUUCACGCCCGGUAUGGGUCGCCCACGUACUUCUAUGCCUUCUACCACCACUGCCAGAGCCUGAUGAAGCCCGCUUGGUCAGAUGCGGCCCACGGAGAUGAGGUGCCCUACGUCUUUGGCAUUCCCAUGAUUGGCCCGACCGACCUGUUCCCCUGCAACUUCUCCAAAAAUGAUGUCAUGCUCAGUGCUGUUGUCAUGACCUACUGGACAAACUUUGCCAAAACUGGAGAUCCCAACAAACCAGUGCCUCAGGAUACCAAGUUCAUCCACACUAAAGCCAAUCGCUUCGAAGAGGUAGCCUGGUCCAAAUACAAUCCUCAAGACCAGCUGUACCUGCACAUCGGCCUCAAGCCACGAGUCCGGGAUCACUACCGCGCCACUAAAGUGGCGUUCUGGAAGCACCUGGUCCCUCAUCUGUACAACCUUCACGACAUGUUCCACUACACCUCCACCACCACCAAAGUGCCACCACCCGAGACCACUCAGAACUCCCUGUCCACCAAACGUCCCAACGGCAAAGUCUGGCCGUUCAACACCAAGCGGCCUCCGAUGUCUCCAGCGUACAACAGCGAGAGCGGGAAGGAGCAGUGGAACGGAGAAGAGGAACCAGGCCCUCUGGUGGUGGAGAACCCACGGGAUUACUCCACCGAGCUGAGCGUAACCAUCGCAGUGGGAGCUUCUCUGCUGUUCCUCAAUGUUCUGGCGUUCGCCGCUCUCUACUACCGCAAGGAUAAGCGCCGACAGGAGCAGCACCCACAACCCACCUCGCCACGGUCCACCACCACCAAUGAUGUGAACCGGCACGCCCCUGAAGAAGAGAUCAUGUCCCUGCAGGUCAACCAGACGCACCACGAGUGCGACGCAGGGCCGCCCGGUGACCCGUUACGGCUCGCUUCACUUCCCGACUACGGGCUGUCUCUGCGGCGCUCGCCUGAUGAUAUCCCACUCAUGACGCCCAACACCAUAACCAUGAUUCCCAACUCGCUAGUGGGCAUGCCCAACCUACAUCCCUACAACACCUUCACAGCGGGCUUCAACUCCACCGGCCUGCCACACUCCCACUCCACCACGCGUGUAUAGCUUUUAUGGCCAUCCGACAAAGAGAGGGAAAGUCUUCGGUUCUCAUGAAAACAUUGAAGUGAAAGGAAGGGGGUUCAGGACGAUGACGGAAACAAGAAUAGACUUUUGCAAAAAGCAGUGACAAGUUCUUUCCAGAUGUCAAGUUGUGCAAACCUGCCAAAACAGAACUGCUCUCUUUCCUUUGAAAAGGGAUGAGCGUUUAGAGCAGUAUUUUUUCUAAUCAUCGUUUAAAAAAUAAUGCCUUUUUAUGCAGAAUCGGGCAAAUCACUUUUUUCUUGAAUAAAUAACAAAAAAACAAAGGAAAGUGCAUUUUAUUUCCCUUUACAGUCUUUUGUGGGAAACAUGUUUCAAAACAGUGGCCUCUAAGGUGACAUCUGCAUAAUAUUGUUUGCUUUGCUUUUCAAUUUCUUUUCAAUGCCUUAUAAAAAGCUGUUUUUUUUUUCUUCUUAAUUUGACGAUCUUUCCCUGAGAUGUGUUUGUGUGGAACGUAGGGAUCUGACUUGAGACAAACGACAAAUAUGGACACGGCUGGAUUGAAAUGGUAACUGCAACUCGUUUUCCAGUUGCAUAACCACACGUGGUGUUUUAACCGUUUUUUUCUUGGUUCCACUGAAAAUCUUUAGUUUGAAACUUUUUCAUCGGACAAGACUGCAGAUAAAGACUUUUAAAGUUACUGUAAUUGUUUUGUUUAAAGAAAAGUGCAUCUUUUACAACAAAAAUUAGCUAUGGCUCCUGCGUCAGAGCACUGUUUGACUGGUGUGUGUGUGUGUGUGUGUGUGUGAGAGAGGUUCUGAGUAUAAAAGUGAGUAUUUGAGUUGAGUGUGUGUGUGUGUGUUUGAUUGCCUUUGCCAUGUUUUCGGUUAAAUAUUUGUGUGAUGGGAUGUGGGGGGUUAUUUACCACUACGUUGAUUUUGUUCACCAUAAGUAGUGUUUCAGCUGCGUCUAUUGUCAUCUGUCUUUGCGAAAUAUAACUUUUUGUUAUUUUUAAAAAGUGACAUGUCUAAUUUUGCUUAAGAAUUACAAAAUAAAUCUAUUAUUUUACAUGCAAGAGAAAACAAUAGCUUAAGAUUGAACUGAACUAACUGAAAUGAUUCCAUUGACUUUGUAAGCGUUUCUCUCGACUGGAGACAGUGGCCUCUUAACACUGAAGAACCUGACUUCAGUGUAGACCUGUGUUUCUUUAAAUAUAUAUAAAUAUGGGCAUACAUACAUAUAUGUAUAGGGCUUUUAUGAAGAUUAUGCUCCCAUUGACCUGAAAGUGUAAAUGACCAUUAUUAUCAAUUAUUAGGCUGAAAGCACCAAUAUUCAAAGGGCAGAGCAUUUGGUCCUCUACAGCAUAAUCUGAGGUCACAACAAGUGUCUUUGUAAUAGCUCUAUAUGUAUAUUUAUGUAUAAAUAUAUUUAAUAUUUAUUUAUGUAUACCAGAUGUAUACAUGCUGAUUGUGCCAUGUGCCAAAUUAAACCAUAAAU